AUGAUAGACAUCAACAGCUAGCAAGAUAGCUUAGAAAGAUAGAUAUAUAAAAGAGAAGAUGCAACAAAUAAUUAAAUACUUACAGGUAUGAAUGAAUAGUAGGAUUUAUCAAAUUAAGAAUCACAACCAUUUAAUCUAUAAGAAGUCUAAGAUUAGCCUUCUAUGAUUACAAUUUAGGAAGAAGAAGAAGUCUAGUUUUAUCCUUACCAUCAUGGAUAAAAUUAUUCAUUUAUUUCAAAGUUUGCCUUUUUAGAUUUAACAGCAUAUUCAUUAUUUCUGAAAAAAAAUAUUUUGGACAAAGGAGACAAAAUCGCUGAAAAGCAUUUACCAAAAUUAUCAACUUUUGAGGAUUUAAAACAAACUGUGUAAGAUGCAAAAAAUAGAAUUAAAUAACAAAAAUAAAUUAAAUUUGGUGAUUUAGUGAGAAUAAUAUUUUUUGGAUAAUUAAAGUGGCUUAGUGUAGGAUGUUUUUUCUGCCAUUUUAUUGAAGCCAUUGCCAGAAAUGGAGUAUCAAUGGUAAUGAGUAAAGUAAUAAUAAGUGCCUAGAAAGAUGAAAAAGAUAUGGCAUAUGGAUUUGCUGUUUUGUUAGUAUUUCUAAAUCUCUUAUGUUUCUUAACAAUGCAUCAUGGUUAUAAUUUUGCAAUGAUCUUCUCAUCAAAAGCAAGAAUGACUCUAAUCAAUUUAGUUUACUAAAAAUUAACUGAAUUAAGUGCAUAUUCUAUUGUAUAAGCCAAUAUAGGUAAAAUAUUAAACUUAGUUUCUGGUGAUAUUAAUUAACUUGAAUAUGUUUUCAUUACUAUAUUCUAUAGCAGUGUAUGUUUUGUUUCAAUGAUUUUUGGAUGUUUCAUAUUAUGGGAUAGAUUUAGUGGACCUAUUGGAAUUAUAGCAUUUGCUAUCAUUUUUUUAGUCUAUCCAAUUUAGAUAGCUCUCUAAUCGUUUAACUCAGAAACUAUAAAAAAUUCAAAGCCAUACCAAGAUUAAAGAUUAAAAUUGACGAAUGAGCUUAUUGAAGGUAUAAGACUAAUUAAAAUGUAUGCUUGGGAGCAAGCCUUUUUUAAAAUGAUUUCUAUAAUGAGGAAGAAGGAAUAUAUUUGCCUUUUAAAAAUCAAUUUUCGAUCAGCCUUAGAUAGAUUGUUCAGUUUAAUUUCUUAGAUUUGGUCUAGCUUUAUUUUUUUUGUAAUUUUGUAUUACGGAGGCUUCAGAAAAACUAUGAAUGUAGCUGAAAUGAUCUCAACAAUUCAGUUACUGACAUUUUUUAAGGUAAGUUGUGUAUUUAUGGUUUCCUAUGGAAUUUAAUCUCUAAUUCAUAUAAAGGUUUCUUUUGCAAGAAUAGCAAGCAUUUUAAAUAUUGAGAAUUAAGAAAUGAAAAACCUUGACCAAGGCCAUUAAAAGUCAAAAUUCAAUACAAAUAGCUAAUUCUACACCGGCCCAAGAAUUCAACUAUAAAAUUUCACUUCAUUUUGGACAAACUCAGUAACUGAAACAACUAAGCCAAUUCUUAAAAAUUUAACAUUAGAUAUUUAAGCAGGAGAAUCUUGGGCUAUUAUCGGAAGAGUUGGUUGUGGAAAAUCUACUCUUCUUAGCGCUUUCUUAUAUGAGAUUCCUGCUUAUAAGGGCUCAUUCAAAAUUGAUGGAUAAGAGGCAAAUAAAGGUUUUUUAUCUAUUGCUUAUGUUGAAUAAGAACCCUUUAUCUUUCCUGAUACAAUAAGAAGGAACAUUUUAUUUGGUAGAUCUUAUGAUAAAGCAUUGUACCAGAAGGUGUUGCAUGCUUCUUAAUUGGAAGAGGAUUUAUCUUAAAUGAAAUAUUAAGAUCAUACUUAGAUAGGAGAAAGAGGAAUCACUCUCUCUGGAGGAUAGAAAGCUCGUAUAGCUUUGGCUAGAGCUUUAUAUCAGCAAGCUGAUCUGUAUUUAUUUGAUGACCCUUUAUCCGCUGUGGAUGCUAAUGUCGCUAAAAAUAUUUUUCAGAUGGCCAUCAAGGAAUUUAUUUUUCAAUAUUAAGUAUAGAGAAACCCAGAAAAAAAGUAACCUAUUGUAAUCUUAGUCACUCAUUAAAUAUAAUAUGCUGUCUAGUGUGAGAAAAUAGCAAUUUUAAAUGAUGGAGAAUUAAUUGCCUAAGGUUGCUAUAAUGAUGUUAAGUCAAACUUAUACAUGGUCAAUGAAGAUUUUGCACAAUAAUUAAAUAGCAAUCUAGAAUAAAAAAAAAAUUAAAAAUUUAUUUAAAAGCCCUUUUAACAAAGAAAGAAAAUAUCAUAUAAAAUUGCAAAUAACCUAAUUGGAGAUGAAGCUGAUCAGUAAUAGUUGAUUACUUUGAAAACAUAUUUUAGAUAUUAUCAAUUUUGGAAUAUUAUCAUUAUUGUUUGUAUUUUACUUUUAGAAGUAGGCUCAGAAGUUAUUAUUAACUUCUAUUAAAGAGUAGUCUCACUUUUUCAAUUAUACUAAGAAGAAAAUAAUAUAGACACUGCAUACUAUAUUUUAGGAAUGUUAACUUUAGGGCUCUUUCUUUGUAAUUUGGUAAAAUAUUCUUUAAACACUUAUUCAGUACAAACUUCGACUUAAAAAAUACAUCAAUAGAUGUUGAAAUCAUUAACUUUAGCACCAAUUUCAUAUUUUGAUGUGAAUCCAUCUGGAAGAAUUCUUAAUAGAUUUUCUAAUGAUCUAUCAUUGUGUGAUAAUCAAACAAAUUAUGUGAGCUUGGAUGUUUUAGAAAUUAUUGGUAAUUUCUUAUUUGCCUUGAUAACAUUAGCAAUACUAUAGCCAUAUUUUUUGAUCAUGGCUGCUUUUAUUAUCAUUAUUGACGUAUAUUAGUUUAGCUAUGCUAAAAAAAUUAUAAGUUAAUUAAAUGAAAUUGAAUUAAUGUCAAGAAGCCCUUUAUUUGAUUUCCUAAAAAAAACCUUAGGGGGAGUUAUUCAACUAAGAGUUUAUCAAUAGUAAGAUUGGUUUAGACAACAAUUCUUAGAGAUCUCUAAUAAAUGCAAUCAAAGUGCAUUAGCAUAUUAUUAUUCUUCAAGAUCUUUUGGAUUUAAUUUAGAUGUUGUUGGAUUUAUUGCUUCUACGGUUGGUAUAUUUGUAUUUUUAAAAUUAAAUUUUGAAAACAUUGCAAUAUUAUCUCAAGGUUUAUUGAUAUUGACUACAUAUAAUGAUUCUUUACAAUGGGGAUUAAGAUAAUUAAUUACAUUUGAAACAUAAAUUAACUCCUACAAUAGAAUGUUUUAGAUUAUUGACAUUCUUCCAGAACCUCCUCACAAUACUGAAGAAGAUAUUAAACAUUCAAAUUUUCCUAAGAAUGGAAAAGUAAAAUUUGAAAAUGUGUUUAUGAGAUAUCGAUAAAAUUGUGAUUUAGUACUUAAAGGGUUGUCAUUUGAAAUUUAAAGUGGAGAGAAGAUUGGUUGUGUUGGAAGAACAGGAGCAGGGAAAUCUUCAAUCAUAUAAGCAAUAUUUAGAAUGUCAGAAAUUGAAAAUGAUACAGAAUCAAAAAUAUCAAUUUCUGAUUUAAAUAUUACAAAAUUGGGAUUGCAUAAAUUACGUAGUAAUAUUGGAAUCAUUCCUUAAUCUCCUUUUUUAUUUACUGGAACAAUUAGAAGAAACUUAGAUCCAUUUGAUAAGUACAAAGAUGAAUAAUUAUGGUAAGCUUUAGAACAAACAGAUCUCUUAAUUCAUGUCAAAAGUUUAUCAAAAGGAAUUAUGACUGAUAUGAGUGAUGCAAAUUCAGUUUUUUCAGUGGGAUAAAAACAAUUAAUUUGUUUGGCCAGAAUAAUAUUAGAGAAAAGAAAAAUUAUUGUUUUGGAUGAGGCAACUGCAAAUGUUGAUAUGAAGACUGAUGAAUUCAUUUAAGAAACUUUAAAGAAUAGGUUUUCAGAUUGCACUUUAAUAACUAUAGCGCAUAGAUUGAACACAAUAGCUGAUUACGACAAAGUUAUGGUAGUAAAUGAAGGAUAGGUAGUAGAAUUUGAUACUCCUUUUAAUUUGUUAGCUAAUUCCUUAAACUCUAUUUCUGUAGAUAAAGCCACUGAGUUUUCCAAAUUAGUAAAAAAUACUGGGGAGCAGAAUACUUAAGUAAUAUUUGACAUAGCUAAAUCAACACAACUUAAAAAAUGA